AUGUCCGACCCAAAUCACAUGGAAGUUGAUACUUCCAUACCUGUCCGAGAAGGAGAAGGACAAGCCGCCGCAUCAAGUGUCAAUGGUGAUAACACUCAGGAACCUCCGUCUCAAGAUCAAGCUAUGGAAUUGGACUCUGUACCUCAAUUCCCUGCUGCUGGCCCGUCAAGUGAAGCAGCUAAAACAGUGAUAGUUGAGCAAACCACUACCACCACAACUAUCGAAUCCACCAUCUCAACCGACCACAACUCUGCUCUUCCUCUUCAUCUUCCCCACCCUCAAACUAUCACUUCAGCAGCACCUACCAAUGGUGAACUGCCCACCCCUCAAGCUGGACCUUCCCAUGCACACCUUCCUCCCAUCACCGGUGCCCCUUCCGACCUCUUCCCCCAAUCUAAACCCAACGUACAAAUCAUCGAACGACCGAAAAUCUACAGAACAGGAUACAUCUACAAUCCCAUGAUGAUGCUGCAUUGUCAAGAAGGGUAUGUACCCACAGCGGAAAGUGUGGUGGAAAAUGGUCCGGGACAUCCCGAAGAACCUAUGAGAAUCAAGAGGAUUUUUUCCAGAUUGGCCGAACAGGGUUUGAUCAAACGGAUGAAAAGGUUAGAAUUUGGUGAAGUCACGAUGGAUCAGGUUAUGUUGGUUCAUGGAGAAGAUUUAUGGUUGAAAGUACAAGGUACUGAGGACCUCACGGAUGAGUAUAUCCAAGAUUCCAAACAAUACUAUGAACAACUCUCUCUAUACGUCUGUAGAGAAACCGCCCAUUGCGCGAGAUUAUCAUGUGGUGGGGUGAUACAGGCUUGUAUAUCGGUAUGCCAGAAACAAGUCAGAAAUGCCUUUGCGAUAGUCAGACCACCAGGACAUCAUGCUGAACCAGACGAACAUAUGGGUUUCUGCUUCUUCAAUAAUGUCGCUGUAGCUACCAGAGAGGUACAAAGGAGAGGUCUGGCGAAGAAAGUUUUGAUUCUAGAUUGGGAUGUACAUCAUGGGAAUGGCACUCAACGAGCUUUUUGGGACGAUCCCGAUGUACUUUAUAUCUCUUUACAUCGGCAUGAUGGAGGGAGGUUCUACCCUACGAGCGAUUUCGGCGCUUUAGAUAUGGUUGGAACUGGUGCUGGAGAAGGAAAAUCCGUCAAUAUACCUUGGCCUGGACCUGGUUUCGGUGAUGCAGAUUACAUAUACGCUUUUCAGCGUAUAGUAAUGCCUAUAGCAUAUGAGUUUGCACCUGAUCUUGUCAUCAUCUCCGCUGGGUUCGACGCUGCUGAUGGAGAUCGUCUGGGAGAAUGUCACGUUACACCAGCAGCUUAUGGUCAUAUGACGCAUAUGUUAAGUGCAUUGGCCGGAGGAAAGUUAGUAGUAGCAUUGGAGGGCGGUUAUAACCUCAAAGCUAUUUCCGAUUCGGCAUUAGCAGUAGCGCAGGUACUUCUCGGUGAAACACCUGCUGAGCUCGAUGCGCAUCAGGCGUCCGAGGUCGCUACGGAGGUGAUAUACCAGUGUGCCAAGGUACAGUCGAAAUAUUGGAAGAGUAUAGAUGUGAAGGCUUGUGAACCACCAGAGGUCACUGCGCUUGAAGAUGGAUCAUCACCUAUUACCAGUAUUCCUGAUUUGCUGAAACUGCAUCGAGCAUGGCAUAUGUACGAGAAACAUCAAUUGUUCCAAAUACCUUUAGCGAGCGAAGAGCUGGAAGCGUCCUUUGGGGGACAAGUCCUCUGCAGUGAGAAUGUGUAUGAGAUGGGUCCGAGAGGAGUUCUGGUACUUUUCGUGCAUGACUUUGGUAAUUUACGAGUUGAGACCGAUGGUGUAUCAACGACGAACGUGCAUAUGGCGAAUAGUUAUUUAAUCAAUACGAGUGAUGCGAUUGUGGAUUGGGUGAAGAAAGAAGGGUAUAAUUUGAUCGACGUGAAUGUGUUGAAACAGUUACCUACACAUUUUGCUCCCGAUCAACCGAAGAUGGUUAGUAAGAGUGGUACACCGUUAGAAGCGCAGUUGAUCCGGUAUAUAUGGGAUAACUAUAUCGAGUUAUCGGAAGCGGAGAAUAUCGUUCUGAUAGGACAUGGAACGGGUUGUAAGACAAUCAUGGACCUGGUAAACCAUCGAGAAGUAGAGAACAAGGUGAAAGCUGUGAUUCAAGUGGCGGGAUUACAUUCGUUGGUCAGACCUGAUCCGAAUGAUGAAGUGAAGAGAUCGUGGUUUAGAAAGUCUAAUCGAAUUUACGUUCCUUCUGAACAUCCGGUAUUGGAAGAUGAGAGGAUACAAAAGAGGUUAGGAGGACAAGUGCAUAAGUCUGAUAAAGCUACGAAAGUGGUUGAUGUGCUUGUGGAGGUAUUACCGAAUAUAAAGGAAUUUGUGGCUUCCAAAUUACCCGAAAUUGAGAGACCCGCACCUUUACAAAAUGGGCAUGGGGAUGAGCAAGCAGGGAUGGAACUGGACGUGGAAGUGCAUGUUAUCGGGAAUGGGAAUGGGAAUAGGAGUCAGAAUGUCGACGGGAAUGAGAACGGGAGUGGGGAUGUCAAUGGAAGUGAACCAUCAUCGGUUAUACCUCCUGUAGCUGCACAGUCAUUCGAAUAA